CGCGUUUUAGCUAGCCGCAAUUUGGGCUAGCAUUAGCAAUUUGAGUGUUACACUCACACACAAUUAGAUUGUUAUCUCGCUCCGACAGUCGACCAAACCAGUCGGCUCGACAGGGGAAGCUGUCUUUUCCUCCAGCUCCAGUUACGAUGGCCACCCUGUUGUUCUGCCACUGAUGGGUUACGUGAUUUCGACGUUUGAAAUUGCGUUUAUUGUGGAUCCUGAUGAAGGUGUGCAGGUAAUACUUUGAAAGCCCUGCUAGACACCAUGUCUGAAGAGGCGAUUUCAGAAAGUGACCUGGAGCCCAGCCUUAACAGUGAGGAGGAGUAUUUGGACAAUGAGGAGGAGGAAGGGGAGGAGGAGGAGGACAUGGAGGACGAUGAGGAUGAAAAUGAUGGAGAUGAUGAAGAUGACGGUGUUGAUCGGCCCACCAGUGCCCAGGAUGGCAGGGACUCGCCCUCAGCUACCUCUGGAGAGCCUUCCUCUCAGCCUCCAUCUCGGCCUGCGUCCCCCCCGUCCUCCGGGGCUCCCUCCAGACCUGCCUCUCAGUCUCAGGUCCCAACCAGCCCUGAGAGCGCAAACAAGAGCAACCCACCUUCCAGCAAAACCAAGAAACAAAAAGCCUCUAAAUCAACCAAAUCCUCCAAGUCUUCAAAAGGCUCCAAACCUUCCAAGCCAGCUAAGCUUGCUCACAUGAGGAAAAAUAUCAGAAAGCUGCUGAAAGAGGAUCAGCUGGAGGCUGGGACCAAGGCUGCUCAACAGGAAGAGAUGGAGAGACGGAAACGUCUGGAGCAGCAGAGGAAGGACUUUCCCGCACCAGUCCCAGUUUUCCCAGACGCUCAACUAGUGGAUGCUGCUUCAAUUUUAGGAGAAGUAUCUCACUUGGUCCCUGCUCUCCUGAGCAAGCAGGAUGUGAUCUGUCUGGACAGCAGUGGUGAUGAAGAUGAAAAAAUGGAACCCCAGUUUCCUGCACUUGCCAUUAGAGAUGAUAUAAUAGAGCUCAGUUCUGGGGACGAGGAUGCCCUGCAGAUAAGCAGCGAGUCGGCUGAUGAAGACGCUGAUGGCACUGUCAGCUCAGAGGAGAGCAGCGGGGCACACAUCAAUGAUACUCUGAACAUGCCUGAUGCCCAGGGUCAAGUGCUGGUUAAUAUCAACCACCCUGCAGAGGAAAACGACAUUUAUCUUGCUCCACAGCUGGCCAGAGCUGUCAAACCCCACCAGGUCGGGGGAAUCCGGUUUCUCUAUGAUAACCUCAUUGAGUCUCUGGAGCGUUAUAAGACCAGCAGUGGCUUUGGCUGCAUCCUUGCUCACAGCAUGGGGUUGGGCAAGACACUGCAGGUCAUUUCCUUCAUUGACAUCCUACUGAGGAACACUGAAGCUCACACUGUAUUGACCAUUGUCCCAGUGAACACACUACAGAACUGGCUGACAGAGUUUAAUCUCUGGCUCCCACCUCAAGAAGCCCUCUCCCCUGACACUGACCCCUCGCUCCUCACUGGUCGCACAUUCAAAGUUCACAUUCUCAACGAUGAGCACAAAACGACGCUGGCCAGGGCCAAGGUUGUGGAGGACUGGUCCAGAGAUGGAGGCGUGUUGCUAAUGGGUUAUGAGAUGUACCGCCUGCUGUCCAUGAAGAAGAGCUUUGUUAUGGGCAAGAAGAGGAAAUCAAAGAAGCCUGCAGGACCAAUAAUCAUUGACCUGGAUGAAGAGGACAGACAGCAGGAACUCAUGAAAGGUAUUGAAAAUGCCAUUGCGCGACCUGGCCCAGAUGUGGUGAUCUGUGAUGAGGGUCAUCGCAUUAAAAACUAUCAUACCAGCACAUCACAGGCCCUGAAAAACAUCCGCUCCCGGCGAAGAGUAGUCCUGACCGGUUACCCGUUGCAGAACAACCUCAUUGAGUAUUGGUGCAUGGUGGAUUUUGUCAGGCCCGACUUUUUGGGCACACGACAGGAGUUCAGCAAUAUGUUUGAGCGGCCCAUUCUGAAUGGACAGUGUGUGGACAGCACACCUCAAGAUGUCCGUCUCAUGCGCUACCGCAGCCAUGUGCUGCACAGCCUGCUGGAGGGUUUUGUCCAGAGACGGGGUCACGAUGUGCUGCAGGACCAGCUUCCCUCCAAAGAGGAGCAUGUCAUCUUAGUGAGACUUUCUCCCAUUCAGAGGGCGCUGUACACCGAGUUUAUGAAACGCUUCAGAGAAGCAGGAAACAGUGGUUGGCUUGGUCUUAACCCACUCAAAGCCUUCUGUGUAUGCUGCAAGAUCUGGAAUCACCCAGACGUCCUUUAUGAAGCACUGCAGAAGGAGAAUCAGGCCAAUGAGCAGGAUCUGGACCUGGAUGACAUCACUUCAGCGAGUAACACUCGCUGCCCCGCACCCGGUGCCGGCCUCAAAGCCAAAGUAGCUGACUCAAGCAACAGCAAAGUUAACAACACCCUGCCACCACUCAAUCCUUCGCAAGAAAGAGCCAAUCAAGUCAUUACAUAUGAAUGGGCUAAGGACAUAAUGUCAAACUACCAUACAGGAGUUCUCCAGAACUCUGCCAAACUGGUUCUGCUCUUUCAUUUGAUUGAGGAGAGUGUGAGAAAAGGAGACAAGCUUUUGGUGUUUAGUCAAAGCUUGUCUACACUGACUGUCAUUGAGGACUUCUUAUCAAAGAGACCCAUACCAACAGACAACCCCUCCUCUGCCACCCAAAACCAAAACUGGAUUCGCAACCUUAAUUACUACAGAUUGGAUGGAAGUACAUCUGCCUCAGAAAGAGAACGACUGAUCAAUCAGUUUAAUGACCCAGAGAACAUCGCAGCUUGGCUCUUCCUGCUCUCCACCAGAGCGGGCUGCUUGGGUGUAAAUCUAAUUGGGGCCAACCGCGUUGUUGUGUUUGACGCCUCCUGGAACCCCUGUCACGAUGCCCAGGCGGUGUGUAGAGUGUACCGGUAUGGUCAAAGGAAACCGUGCCACAUUUACCGCCUUGUUUGCGAUUUCACCUUGGAGAAGAAAAUCUAUGACCGACAGGUCUCCAAACAGGGCAUGUCUGACCGUGUAGUUGAUGACCUGAACCCAAUGCUGAACUUCACUCGUAAGGAAGUCGAGUCGUUGCUGCACUUUGUAGAGGAGGAGCACGACGCCGAAAGAAUCUCUCUGGGAUCUGCAGGCGAAUUUGAGUCCGUGAUAUAUCAAGCCUGUCAGAUUUACCCACACCUCAUCACCAAGAAACCUUUCCAUCACGAGUCUCUGCUGGUGGACCGGAAGGAGUCGAAACUGACCAAAGCAGAGAAAAGAGCCGCCAAGAAGAGCUAUGAGGAUGAGAAACGAGCUUCUGUGCCCUACUCUCGCCCAUCGUACGCACCAUAUUAUCCAACCAGCGAUCAGACGCUCACAAACAUACCAGCGUUUAACCAACGGGGCUGGCGUGCCAUGGCCAGGCCAGAUGACAAGCCUGUAGCAAGCGUCAGGCCCAUCCAGUCAACCCCGAUCCCCAUGAUGCCUCGCCAGGUCGGCAUGGGCUUGGCUGGCUCCAGCUCAGCUGGCAGCCUGCCAGUCAACUUCCUGCAGAAAGCUGGAGUCCAUGUGCAGAGGAUUGUCACCACAAGUGAUAUUGUUAUCCCAGGAGCCAACAGCACAACGGAUGUUCAAGCUCGGAUUAGUGCAGGAGAGAGCAUCCAUGUUAUCAGAGGAUCUAAAGGUACCUACAUCAGGACAAACGAUGGAAGAAUUUUUGCCAUUCGAUCAGGAAAGAUCAGUAGACCAGCAGUUGGGGGCUCUGCUGCUUCAAGAGACGCCCACGGUUCCCUGAUCCAUCAAAGCAGUAAUGGGUGUUCAUCACCUUUGGAUCAACAGCAGCGAUCCCCCAAUGGGGAACAGCGUGUCUCCUCCCCUUUGAGCGCUGAGAUUCUCAGAGAACUCAGCCGCUACACUUCGUCCACAGGUGAUGUAGCCCCCGGUGUGGGGAAUGAACUGCCAUCACCCCCAAUUGCAGGGGAUGGUGGCAGCACACAAAACAGUCAGACUGGUGAUCUCAGUAGGCAACUCGCUGACAACCUCCUGAGCUCGGCGUUAGAGAUGCACGGCACCAAACGCAAAAGUACUGAAAGACAGGGCAACACACAGAUGGGUAGCAAACGCACCUCUGCUGCAGCGCGUUUCCAUGGAAUGUCCACAGGCCCCAGCGGGCUCAGUUUUCCUCCUGUGGGUCUGAACUCUUCCUCCCUGAUGGGCAACCUAGGGCACAUGAGUCACCCACUUCUGAUGGGGGGCAGCGGUGGAUCAUCAUUCCUUCAGGCACCAGGGCAAAACCUGGUUGAUCUACAGACAAUGUUCCCCUCUACAGGCUCAGACCUUCUGAGACAAUCUGCCCCCAGGAAUGGACACCAUCCACCCCCCUCCUCCUCAUCCUCUAUGUCCACUGGUUUCUCCCCUGCUUCCACCACAGUUCCCAUGUCAUCUCCCCCCUCGGCAACAACUUCUUCCUCCCUGGCGCCAGGGUCUCUGCCUCCAUACUUGAUGAACCCCAACAUGGCUGGCCUGCUUUCAUCAGGCUUCCCUCUCAACUACAGUCAGUCGCUGCUGUCUGAGCCGAGGAUGUUCCCCACCCCUCUUCUCUCCGGGUCGGGGGGCUUUCCUGUGCCUAACUCCAGUUCUUCUACAUCCAGCUUCCUCUCUCAUUACAACAAUCCCACCUCCAGCCUGUUGGGGGCAGCUCUGACCCAACCGGACAGACUUCAGGGUACGGAGAACGGCGGCAGUAGCUCUGAUGACGAUGUUAUCGAGGUGAUGGGACAGUAGAGACUCAUGAAGUUAUGGAGAGGGAGUUUCACACACACACCAUCUUGUUAGUCAUGGUUAACAAAGUUCAUUUCGGACGGGAAUAGUUGCACAUUUACAUGGCUUAAUUAAUGAUGGCCGAAAUAUGUUACAUUUUGAAUGUCUGAGCAAAUCAGAAUGAAAGUGAGGUCAAGAACAAAAAAGUGAAACUCUUCAAUGAGUAAGUGACAAAAAAACUACUUCCAGUAACUAAAAAAAAAUGUGUCAAGCCUGAACACAGUGAAAUUUGACAAAGGCUGGGAAUGAGUUAUGUGGUGCAAGCUUUUUGUUAGACUAGCUAUGUAAACAGCCCUACAUAAUUCACCUAAUCAUCAAUGACUUACUAUUCCCACUCCUAAUGGUCUCAUUCAAUUUCACACACACACACACACACACACACACACACACACACACACACACACACACACACACACACACACACUCUGACUCUCACCUACAAAUGAGAGAAUCAACUUGUACCUUAAUGACUGUACAAAGUCAGAGAAACAAAUCCUAAUGCUGAAUAUUCCAGACUUCACCUGGAGCGGCGGAGCAGUGGGAAAAGACGUUUGUCAUUCGGGGACCAGCUGAAGCUUGCAGUGGUUUUCUAAGCACAGCCUCUGCUGCUGCGUUUUGUAAGCGAGGGCUCGUUGUGCAGUUAGUUUAAUUCGUUCUGAAUUCAAAUGGAAAUAUCGUGAGUCAAACUGCUCACUGUUGGAUUUUCUCAUGAUAAAUUGCUGUGAAACAGUCAAGUGCAUUCAAAUGUUGACAUGCUGUUAAACAUGUCAUCCACCCUCGCCUGCUGAACACUGAUUUACUCAUUUCAGUUUUCUCGGGAUACAUAACUAAAAAGCCACAGAGGCAGAACACGCUGUUGAUAUCUGUCAAAAUCCACUUCACGCUAUAUUAAGAGAAAAUCCUUCAAGUUUUACCUUUACAACAGAAAUGAUAGGCUGUCAGAGCAUAUUUUAGUCUAGCAAUUUGAUAUACAUCGAGGCAUCCGCUGUUGAAAUGAUGUUAUGUGUGAUACUAUAACUGAUCAUGUUGAUACUUUGUAAAUAGCAGCCAUUAUUAUUGUUUAUAUUGCAAGUCAAUACUGUGCAGUGUGUAGAUUUCGGUCAUGGUUUAAUAUUACAGAUGCUGGGCAGACGAGUUUAUCAUCAACUUUAUGAUUUGUUUUUUAACUAAACUGAAUGUACUUUCAAGUUAGCCUUUGAUAAGAGAGGGGCCGGGACCUGGGUUCAGACUGUGUUCUUUCAUCUUCAGCCUUAACUAACACAAAGGGGUCUUUAGCAUCACUGAAGAACUACUGAGCAUCUAGACAGUCGGCGUCAAACUCAGUACAUAAAGUCUUGGGCAGAUUCAGCAAUUUGACUGAAAGCACCGAGUGUGAAAGGAGCACAAACAAACCAGGCGUGUCCUCACCAUCUGUCACCAUCGCUCGGUCCACCUACACGCAACGUGUAGUUCUGACUGUUUUAAUUUUUCGUACGGAUCAUUUUCAUGAGCUCUUCAGAAACGUGUUACCUAUUUGUACAGCCUGAGUGUAUAAAACAUUAUGUCAAUGUAUCCACCAACCAUGAAAAACCACCAGUGACUUUGGCAGCACCGUGUCAGGUCGUCUGGUGGCCUUACCAGACUGACGGUGCCACGAUGUGGUAGCGCUUCACUUAAACGCAGUGUGAGUAGUUGUGUCGGUCAGUGUUGAUCUGCGGUGCUUUAGGGAGUUAAGGUCUUUACUGUUUUCUGUAGCCCUGUGUGUCUGUGUUGUGGUGACACCUCGAGGUAUGUAGUGUUAGGAAAGUCCCUUUCCUCCAUUCAUGAAAUAGGCUAGAUGCAGUGGUUGUUAGCCUUAUUAAGAAAACACUGGAUAACCUGAGACAACAGAUCAUUAUCAUUCCCUACGAAGGAGCAUUUUUGUAGAGAUGUUUUUUUUGUGGAGCUCCUUUGCCCCCACAGUCUUGAGUGCUGUUCACCUUUUUGUUUCAUGUGCUUCUGGUUCCCCCCUGCCAUUCUGGAUGCUUCAUUUCUAUCACCACAGACGUCUCGGUUUAACAACUUUACUUUAGCAUGUCUUGGAAACUUGUGACUUGGUUUGAAGGCGGAGCUGGCACUUUGAAAAAGGAUCAUAUCUGCUUGUGAACUGUACAGGGUACGUUAUACUGACACCACGUCUUUAUUCUCAGUCUCUGUUGGGAACACUUUACACAUGAAUCUUGCAAAUUGUCAGUACAUGAGAAGAAAGCACCAUCUGUCAUUCACAUCAAUUAUAUGUAUUUUUAUGUUUUGUGGGAAUAUUGUUUUUUUAAAAUGUUUUUUAUAACUUCAUAUUGGUGUUCACUCACCUGGCCGUUGUUUCCCUUAUUUCAGUGUAAGUCUGAAUCUUAUUUAUUUAUGUAAAAUAUACUGGGCAUCUUUUCUUUUUGUAAUUAUUUUUUUUUUUUUUUUACAUUUGUUCAUUUUGACCCAUUGACGGCUGAUCCAGUAAGAAUUUCGUACAUGCAGCCUAGAUCGAAGCAGAAUAUGACUGUGUUAUAAAUGUUAUUUUGACAAUAAAACACUCUUACUGCAGUGGGAA